AUGAGUUUUUUAAAAACAUGUUAUGAACAUUUGACUUGUACUCGAGAUACUUUACCAAUGUGUCUCGAUUGGCGUGAAAUAUGUGAUGGAAAUAUUGAUUGUAUUGAUGAAGAACCUCUUGAUGAAGCUUUUUGUUACAUUUUAGAAAUGAAUGAAUGUAAUGAUAAAGAUGAAUAUCGUUGUCAUCAAGGACAAUGUAUUCCAAAAAGUCUAUUUCAAGAUGAUCCUCUUAAUCCUGAUUGUCUUGAUCGUUCAGAUGAAAUUGCUAUACAAACGAAUAAAAAUUUUUGUCAUCAAGAUCCAUCAUUUCGAUGUGAAGAACAAUCAUGUCGAGUUGGUCAAGGAGAAUUUUCAUGUGGAGAUGGACAAUACAUUAAUGAAUUUGAAAGUUGUAAAAAUGGUCGACAUCUUGCAUUCUUUGAAUCAAUACUGAACAUGUCACAAAUUCUCAGCAAAUGGCUUCAAUCAAGAUCUGUGUGA